GGGGACAAAGAAUUUGUACUUGUAAAAUCAUAGAUUCAUAGAUGACUUAAAGUAAGUUAAAUUUCGCCUAAGAUUUGGUUUUAAUAAAUUAAUUAACAAUUAUACACAUACAUUUGGUCAAUAAUUCCUUUAAUCCUACUCAAACUCCAUCUCCACCGUCAAUACAACCGUACGACCUUAACAAUCAACGGCCACAAUACGCUAGAUCGAAAAAAAAAAAACAAUUCUCAAAUCUCAAAUACGCUCCUCCUAAUCAAAUCGAACAAAGAAGUUACAAAAAGAAAAUUUGAAUUGUUGAACAAUUAUGAUUGGUCCACGUGUCCACCCCAAAAAUUCGACCGUUGUAGAAAUCAUUCAAUUUCUUCCACCCCUAAUCCUCCCUCCCCUCUCCACCGUUGAACACCACUGUCAUUUUCUCUCUUUCUUCUUUCUCUCUCUACUUUCUCUCUCUUAUUUCUCUCUCUUCAAUGGCGAUUGCUGCGGAAAAUCAGGCUGAGGAGAAGGCAUCUGCAGAGGUUCCUGCAGCGGAGAAGCAACGGUGGGUACUAAACGAUUUCGAUAUCGGAAAGCCACUCGGUCGAGGGAAGUUUGGUCAUGUCUACUUGGCAAGAGAGAAGAGAAGCAAUCAUAUAGUGGCAUUGAAAGUGCUUUUCAAGAGCCAGCUAAAACAAUCACAAGUUGAGCACCAGAUUCGUCGAGAAGUUGAAAUUCAAAGCCAUCUUCGCCAUCCCAACAUACUACGUCUCUAUGGAUAUUUCUAUGAUCAGAAACGUGUGUAUCUGAUUCUUGAGUAUGCACCGAAAGGAGAGCUGUACAAAGAGCUUCAGAAAUGCAAGUAUUUCGCUGAAAAGCGAGCAGCAACUUAUAUUGCAUCAUUAGCCAGGGCUCUUAUUUACUGUCACGGAAAACAUGUGAUUCACAGAGAUAUCAAGCCAGAGAACCUCCUUAUAGGGGCACAGGGGGAACUCAAGAUAGCGGACUUUGGUUGGGCAGUUCAUACAUUCAACCGCAGGAAGACCAUGUGUGGGACACUUGACUAUCUUCCUCCAGAAAUGGUUGAGAGCGUAGAACAUGAUGCAAGUGUUGACAUAUGGAGCCUUGGCAUCCUUUGUUACGAGUUUCUAUAUGGUUUCCCUCCCUUUGAGGCUAAGGAACAUUCAGACACAUAUAGGAGGAUUGUGCUAGUUGAUUUAAAGUUUCCCCCCAAACCCAUUGUAUCAUCAGCUGCAAAGGACCUGAUUAGUAAGAUGCUCGUUAAAGACUCAGCAGACCGUCUUCCACUGCACAAGCUUCUGGAACAUCCAUGGAUAGUACAAAAUGCAGAUCCUUCAGGUCUUUACAAGUUCUAAUACGUGCUCUUCGGCUCCAUAGUGAUACGCCAUUAUAACAAGAACAAGUACUUAUUUUGUAAAAUUGUCAUCUAAUGCAUGUUUCCUAGGAUGGGCUAAUCUGUAUAAUAACCAUGUCUGAUGUCCCCUCUAAAUUUAAAGUAGUUGCCAUCUUCCUAGGGGUGUAGACAUAUUUCAGGUGAAUAUUAUUUGUUCCCCAUAUUAUAUAUUGUAGCUAUAAGAAUUCUUUUGUUCGUUUAUUAUGUACUAAAAUCAAGGCAAGGAUAAUAAUAUAUCGAAUACUGAUCACUGUCUCAA